AUGCCCGACGACAGGAACCCGGAGGACCGAUUGUCUCUGCAACAUGUGGACGACAGAGAAGAGACAGUCUUCAACUCGACAGACGCGUCAGUCUUAACGUCUGUCUCCAAAGAGGAACUAGAUAUGGAGGUGGAACCCACUGUCACCAGUCUCGCGAGACAGUUCACAAGCCAAUCCAACCAGUUCCCACGGACAGUCACAGAAAUCGAUAACAAUCCGUUUCUCUCGUCACACAUCCCUGCCUUGGACCCGAAAUCCCCAGAGUUCAGCCCAGUAAAAUGGACAAAGGCUCUGCUCCAUGCAACAUCCCGGGAUUCGGAGAACGUUCCACCGAAAACGCUGGGUGUUUCUCAUCGAAAUCUGAGCGCGUACGGGUAUGGGUCUGAUGUGAACUACCAAGCGGACGUGUUUAGCGUCUAUUCACGCUUAAUUGAUCUCGCUAUGAGUGCACUGGGUCGGCAGCAAAAGAAAGUCCAGAUCCUUCGAAAUUUCGAUGGACUGGUGAGGACUGGUGAGAUGCUGUUGGUCCUGGGCCGUCCAGGAAGUGGUGUUUCGACUUAUCUCAAGACUCUUGCGGGAGAAACCUACGGCUUCUAUCUAGACCCAGAGUCUCAUUUUAAUUACCAAGGUAUUUCUUAUGAUACUGUGCAUUCUCGAUUCCGUGGUGAAGUUAUUUACCAAGCGGAGACGGAAAUUCAUUUCCCCCAGAUGAGCGUCGGUGACACACUGCGCUUUGCCGCACUAGCCAGAACGCCAGAGAACAGACUGCCCGGUGUCUCUCGCCAAUUGUAUGCAGAACAUUUGACUGAUGUGGUAAUGGCAAUGUUGGGUCUGUCUCACACGGUCAAUACCAAGGUCGGGGAUGACUUCGUCCGCGGUGUUAGUGGAGGUGAGCGAAAGCGUGUGAGUAUAGCCGAAGUCUUGUUGAGUCGGAGCCCGAUGCAGUGCUGGGACAACAGCACGCGAGGACUCGACAGCGCCACUGCCCUGGAGUUUGUUAGAACUCUGAAACUAGCAACCGAUUUGGGCCGGACAGCUACCGUGGUGGCUAUUUAUCAAGCGUCGCAAGCAGCAUAUGAUGAAUUUGACAUAGUCACCGUGCUCUACGAUGGAAGGCAAAUUUACUUUGGCCCUGCAACAUCCGCCAAAAAGUAUUUCACCGACAUGGGCUACCUUUGCCCAGACCGACAGACGACCGCGGAUUUCCUCACAUCCUUGACAAACCCAGAAGAGCGUGUUGUUCAGCCAGGUUUCGAGAAAAAAGUUCCUCGGACUGCAGACGAAUUUGCGGCCGCAUGGAUGAGGAGUCAAGAUAGAGCCCAGCUAUUAGCAGAGAUUUCUUCCUUUGAGGGAGAUCAUCCAAUUGGCGGGAAACAGCUGGAACAAUUCAAGACAUCUCAAAAAGCCCAGAAAGCUCAAUUUGUGAGGUCGAAAUCCCCAUUUACCAUUUCAAUCCCCAUGCAGAUCAGUCUCUGCAUUAAACGCGGGUUCCAACGUCUUCGAGGUGAUAUGUCCUUUUUCUUCGCCACCAUUUUCGGAAACCUGAUGAUAUCGCUCGUCCUGGGAAGUGUGUUCUAUAAACUUCCCCCGACUAGUGAUAGCGUUGAUAGCCGGUGCAUCAUGUUGUUCUUUAUCAUUCUUUUCAACGCUCUGAGCAGUGCUCUUGAGGUUCUCACUUUAUACGCUCAACGGGCUAUUGUAGAGAAACAUGCCAAGUAUGCCCUGUAUCAUCCAUUUUCCGAGGCUGCAGCAUCGAUGAUAUGUGAUCUACCCUGCAAAAUCAUUUCUACUAUCUGUUUCAAUAUCCCCGUCUAUUUUAUGUCCGAUCUACGACAGGAAGUGGGCGCGUUUUUUUCUUUCCUUCUUUUCUGUUUCACAUGUACCCUAACCAUGUCGUGCAUCUUCCGCACGAUCGGACAAUCAUCACGAACCAUCGCCCAGGCACUUACUCCCAGUGCUCUAUUCGUUCUCGUCCUUGUCAUAUAUACUGGAUUUAUUAUCCCAACAUCGGCUAUGCAAGGUUGGUUGCGGUGGAUUAACUACCUCACCCCGAUUGCUUAUGCAUACGAAAGUCUGGUUGUGAAUGAGUUUCAUAAUAGACACUUCCCUUGUACCCAGUUCCUCCCCACGGGCCCUGGUUACGAGAAUUUGAUGGACAAACAGAGAGUCUGUGCAACUCCCGGUUCUCUUCCAGGACAGGACUAUCUGGCUGGAGAUUUAUACAUUUCCGGUAGUUUCGGAUACGAGCAUUCACAUUUGUGGAGGAACUUUGGAAUUCUCAUCGCAUAUAUUAUCUUUUUCGGAUUUGCGUACUUCCUGGUUACAGAAUACGUUCCGUCUACACGUUCUAAAGGCGAAAUUUUAGUUUUCCGCCAUGGAAGAAAAGCUAUCACACGCGCCAGUACACAGCCGGAUGACAUUGAGAAUUCCAAUUCUGGGAUCACGUCUCGUUCUCUGAAAUCCCAAGAAAAUGCAAACAGCAUCGCAAUCCAGGCACAGACCGCCGUCUUCCACUGGAGAGAUUGCUGUUAUGAGGUUCAGAUCAAGGGAGAAACAAGAAGAAUUCUUGAUCAUGUCGACGGUUGGAUAAAACCAGGCACUUUGACGGCAUUGAUGGGAGCAACAGGCGCCGGUAAAACAACUCUUUUGAAUGUUCUUGCUAGUCGUGUUACAGUCGGUGUCAUUACCGGUGAUAUAUUCGUGAAUGGGUUGCCACGAGACAAUUCGUUCCAGCGAAAGACAGGUUACGUACAGCAACAAGAUGUCCAUCUCGAGGUGUCAACUGUUCGAGAAGCCUUGAAUUUUAGUGCCUUGUUACGUCAACCAGCAAAAUAUUCCAAGAAGGAAAAAUUGGAAUACGUUGAUGAGGUUAUCAGACUCCUUGAAAUGGAACCUUAUGCGGAUGCGAUUGUUGGUGUUCUUGGAGAAGGACUGAAUGUGGAACAACGAAAACGCCUCAGUAUUGGUGUUGAGCUCGCUGCCAGACCAGAGCUACUCCUAUUCCUCGAUGAGCCAACGUCUGGUCUAGACAGCCAGACAGCGUGGUCUGUAACGUCAUUGAUAAAAACGCUGUCUGACAAUGGACAGGCUGUUCUCUGUACAAUCCAUCAGCCGUCGGCCAUGCUGUUUCAACAAUUCGACUGCCUUCUUCUCCUGGCCAAGGGAGGGAGAACCGUAUACUUUGGCGAUAUUGGGCACAAUGCGCAGAAACUAACCGGCUACUUUGAGAAGCACGGAUCCCAACCAUGCGGAAAAGAUGAGAACCCAGCAGAAUGGAUGCUCCGAGUAAUCGGGGCUGCUCCUGGUGCUGUGGCAGACCAGGACUGGGUAAACACGUGGCGCAACAGCUCCGAAUGUGCAGAUGUUCUCAAAGAACUUACCAGGUUAGAAAACGAGAAACAGUCUGACGACUCAAACGAUGAGAUCUCUACUUCGUAUGCUGCUAGUAUGCAUGAUCAGCUUAUGUUGUGUACGAUUCGAGCCUUUGAGCAAUACUGGAGAACCCCGUCUUAUAUCUAUUCGAAGUUGAUCCUUUGCUUUGGAACUAGCUUAUUUAUCGGUCUUUCUUUUUACAAUACCGAAAAUACAGUGCAAGGUUUGCAGGAUCAAAUGUUCGCCGUUUUCAUGCUAAUUGUCAUCUUUGCCUUCCUGACUUACCAAAUCAUGCCCAACUUCAUCACACAGCGAGACCUAUACGAAACCCGCGAGCGCCCCUCCAAGACGUAUUCUUGGUAUGUGUUCAUGCUGUCUAACAUCGUUGUCGAGCUGCCGUGGAACACCUUCGCGUCUCUGUUGAUUUACUUCCCGUUUUAUUAUCUGGUCGGUUUGUACAGAAAUGCCGAGCCGACCCAGACAGUCACUGAGCGGGGAGGCCUGAUGUUUCUUUUUACAUGGUCUUUCAUGGUUAUGGCAGGGACAUUUUCGCACAUGGUUGUCGCUGGGCUUCCGACAGCAGAAGUUGGAGCUAUCGUUGCUUUGGUUCUGUUCGCUAUGUGCCUGAUAUUUUGCGGUGUCCUCGCGACUCCUGCUGCACUUCCCGGAUUUUGGAUAUUCAUGUACCGCGUAUCUCCAUUUACGUAUCUCAUCGGUGGCCUCCUAUCAACAGGUAUUGCCAACGCCGAGGUUCACUGCGCAUCCUUUGAAAUCCGUACCAUUCGCCAACCUCCAUCCGGACAGACCUGCGGACAAUAUCUUAAAGAAUACAUUAGCUUUUCCGGCAGCGCACUCUACAAUCCAAAUGCAAGCGAAAAUUGCGAGAUCUGCAGCCUGUCAAAUACGGAUCAGUUCCUCGCUACGAUCGAUGUGUUUUAUAAUCAGCGCUGGCGGAACUUCGGGCUGAUGUGGGUGUAUAUCAUAUUCAAUGUCUUUGGGGCCGUGGUUCUAUAUUGGGCUCUGAGAGUCCCUAAAAAAGGGUCUACUUCCACAUUGAGAAACCUGACAAGCUCUUUGGUCAAGCCUUUUAAGCGUUCAUCCUAA